UCCGUCAUACUAUCGUAUAUAUAAACGACCACUGGAGUAAAGUGUUAUAAUUACACCUAGCUGUUGUGUUAUUGUGUAUAAGUGUGUGUGUUAAGAAGAUGAUGCUUAAACAGCAGCAGCAAAAGCUAGCAGGGAUGGAGGUGAAAAAGAAGAGAACUAGUAGUUUUCAGAAGGAAGAAAAGGUGGCUGGAGUUGAUGGUCAACUACUGGAUCUAAGUGGCAUGUCUUUGGAGACUCUUCCGGUUGUUAUUGAUCCUUCUCUUAACAUGACCUUAGUCACCACCUUGGAUCUCUCCUCUAACUUUCUCCAGAGCAUACCAGAGUCGUUAACUGCGAGACUCCUGAAUGUUGUGGUGCUGGACGUGCACUCGAAUGAGCUAAAGUCUCUUCCGAAUUCAAUAGGGUGUUUGUCAAAGCUCAAGGUUUUGAAUGUCUCCGGGAACCAUCUUCAGUCUCUCCCUCGGACCAUUGAAAAUUGCAGAUCACUGGAAGAACUAAAUGCAAACUUUAACAUGUUAACAAGACUUCCAGACACAAUAGGGUUUGAACUCAUCAACUUAAAGAAACUCAUGGUCAAUUCCAACAAGCUUGUUUUCCUUCCAUCUUCCACCUCUCACUUGACCAACCUCCGUAUCUUAGAUGCCCGUUUAAACUGCCUUCGCUCCCUACCCGACGACCUUGAAAACCUGAUCAACCUUGAAAUCCUCAACGUGAGCCAGAACUUCCAGUACCUGACAACCAUACCAUACUCCGUAGGUCUCCUCCUGUCCCUCGUUGAACUGGACGUGAGUUACAACAAGAUCACAACCUUACCCAACUCCAUUGGCUGCCUUGGUAAGUUACAAAAACUCUGUGUUGAAGGUAAUCCUCUUGUUUCACCACCAACUGAAGUUGUGGAACAGGGACUAGAAAAGGUGCAAGUGUACUUGACACAGAUGAUUAACGGUCAACACAAGAACUCUGUAAGGAAAUCGUGGGGAGCAAAGUUUAAGAGAUAUAGUACCUUCAGCAGAGCAAAUGUGCAUGGUAAUAUUAAUUAUCAGAAACAGGAGGGGUACAUCAUUCCUAGUUAUAAUCGAAUUGAGGUCCUUGCUUCACCCAAUUACACACCAAAAGGAUCACAAAAGUUCAUGGGAAUGUUCUCACCAAUGCGACUCUUCUCACCCAAAAGUUACUUUACCAGAUAGACAGGAAAACCAGAUUUCGAGGUAUUUUGAGGUUUCCUGUUUGGUGUUUCUCUAAGAAUAGAUUGAUAAGUGCAAGUGAAUCUAUGUUGGUAGUAUAUAUAUAGUGCAUCAGCAUAUAAAGAUGUAGCAUAUAGUGUCUAGAUUUAGAAGUUCUUCCAUAAUUUUGUACUGUAAACACAUUUUUAUCUUCUUUGUGUUAUCUGUAGAAAUAAAACUGCAUAUAUAUGUCAAUAUAAAUAUUGUUUGCGCAAAAA